ACUCAGGUCCCACAUUCGCUGUUUCUUAAACACGCUAUUCCACAUUAAACGUCUAUUGGAUUGCUGCGGUCACCAAACACCCGGAGAGACCAAGAUAAAAUGCUCUGUUCUCUUGAGUACGUGGUGAUUCUUUUCACUUUUUCCUGAUUCUUCAGAGAUGGACGUAACUUCCAGUGUAUGGACAGCCUCCUUGGGGCCAUUGAUCAGAUUUUUCUUUGUUCUGGGAUCAGUUCUGGGAUCAGCGAUCCCAUCCACACUCGUGGCGCUGAAUAAAUCUGCGACUCUAUGCUGCCCUGAACGGUGUCGGGGUGGGACAGAGUGGAAGAGGCUGGGAGACACGGUGGCCCAGUGUGGGCAGGACACCCAAACUGGUCUCCAGUUCAUCUGUACGGCUAAAGAAGGGGGAAGUUUUCUCACUGUCCCUCAGGUCAACUACUCCACCAGGGGGCACUACUCUGUUUACUGUAAUGGCAAUGAAAUGACCCUCUGUCGACAGCUCCUUCAGCCUCUUCCUGAUCAGUCAACCCUUGAGCUGGAGGCUGAACAGCACCUCAGAAUGGACUUCUAUAUAUCUGACCCAGUGAUCAUAACAUUCAGAUCACCUGGGAAUUCUUCCAGCAUGCAGCUCUGCACUGUGGAUGGACGUGUUAAGCAGUGCCACCCUGACUAUCAGGACAGACUUCGUAUCGUUGACAACACCUUCAUGCUGAUGGAUGUGCUGCUCUCUGAUAGUGGCAUCUAUACUGUGAAGGAGAAAGAGGGGGUCACCGUCCGCAUUUCCAAUGUGACUAUCAAAGAUGUACAUCACAGCUGGAAAUGGAAGGAAGGAUACUGUACAGGGUUUGGUCAUGGAUCAUGGGCUGUUGGAAUUGGAGCGCUGAUUGUUGGUGUGCUCCUGGGAAAGUUCAUACCAUCACCGGUGUCCAGAAGAAGAGAAUCUCCACACAGCCAUCAGGAGGAUAAGGAAAAUGGUAUACUACUAAAUGGUAUUAAGAGAUAA